AUGCCUUUAUCAGAACUUCAAGCAGAUACUGCGUAUUCUAGUUUUCAUAACCUUCUUCAACAGAGCGAGAAUCUUAUGGGAGGGGUUUUGGUAGGUAACCUACAGGACGCAUUGGUGGAGGUAUUUCCAUAUUUCGCGUCGAGUUUUGGAAGUGUAAGGUGUAGAGCUUUUGGGGUAUAUCAUGAGACCAAUUUUGUGGCAUGGCUUUAUUGCCUUGCCAAAAUUGGUGUUAUCAUCCAACAAGACUACCAGUUCAUUGUAUCGAAAGUAUUCAUUAGAUAUCGGGAGACAAUUGCAAAGUUGAGGACAAUAUUCCGUCCCUUCCCAGCUGUGAGUAUUGAAAUUUUUAAACCCAUCCAUGAUGAAUUCCUCCCCUACCUCUUUGGUUCAUCAGAACUAAUAGGAGAAGAUCCCAAUGGACCUGCAAUUAUUCGGUCGCGUGAUGCAGUGAUGGGUAGGCACAAGAGGUAUUUAUCUUUUCAAUUGGUUAUGGAAAAGACCUCUUGGGAGAAAUUUGAAUUACUGGAAAUCCACUUAACAAUGAGUCGCAUGGAAAGCUGGUCUUCUGUGAAGCAAAUUUUAUUGGAAUUAUAUCAAGAACAGUUUCAGGGAAUUACUGCUCUGAAGAAUUUUCGUUUUGGUUCAUUGAUCGAGUGGCAAGUUAUGGAUGAUGAUGAUGAUGUGGGAGAUCCUGAUCCAUUGGAUGAUGAUGAUGAUGAUGAUGUGGGAGAUCCCGAUCCAUUGGAUGAUGAUGAUGAUGAUGAUGAUGUGGAAGACAAGGACGAGGGUGAGGGUGAGGGUAAUGUGGAUGAUAGUGAAGGGGUGCCUCCUCUAGAAAAACCCCAAUAUUUGACACGGAACCUACAGAAUCUACAGAUUCAGAUGACGAAAUUGAUGAGAAUCCUCCGGAGCGACAAAAUCUUAAUCCAGUGGGGUUGGCCAUGA